CUGCCGCGUUGAAGCUUUUAUCACAGAGGAAAAAACGAAUUAAGAAAGACAGAAAGGACAGACAUAAAGACAAAUAUUUUAAAAUUCGGUUUGUUUUAUCAAUUUAAAGCAAUGUCUUGCCAAACGCCCUGCUGUUGUACCGAAAGUUUUGAAGAUGUUACGAAGAUUGUCGCCCCAAAGUCGCUUGAUGAACUCUUGAAACAACUUGAAAAGAUUUUCUCCAAAGAUCGAGUGAACGUUGAAUAUGUGACGGCGCUGAUGAAGGCGUACAAAAGUAACCCAGAGGAUUGGAAGAAAUAUGCCAUGAUGGAUCAGCACAAAUACACUCGAAAUCUAGUUUCCAAUGGUAACGGCAAGUUUAACCUACUUGUUCUGUGCUGGAACAUGAGCCAGGGGAGUUCCAUCCACGCGCAUGCGAACUCGCACUGUUUCAUGAAGAUUCUAGAUGGCGAGGUCUUGGAGGAGAGAUUUGAUUGGCCGACCGAUUCCGACAGUGAGGCUUCGAUGUCCAAAACAAUGGAACGCAAGCACACCAAAGAUACGUGUGCUUAUAUUCACGAUAAGAUUGGACUCCACCGGGUUUCGAACCCGAGCCAUGCUGAGCCGGCCAUCACCCUUCAUCUGUACUCUCCGCCAUUUUCUGAGGUCAAGUGUUUCGACGAGCAAACCAGUCACGUGACUAUGGGUCAAAUGGCGCUGUGGAGCAUAAACGGAGUGAAGUCGGAAUAAAACAACAACGUGAAUUUUGCAGCAUCGUGGCCUGUGGUCGAGUGUUGUGUUAAUUCAGGAUAUGUUUUAGACGUUCAUAGUCAUAACAAAACAAAAACAUUUGUGAUUAUAUUAUGAUAUAAAACUGGAACUAUCUUUAAUAUUUAUAUCGCAUUGGUAUAAUUAUCUGUUGACUACAUAACCACGUAUUGAACAGCUAAAUACGCUUCUAAUGAUUGUAUUCCGAAACACAGCGCGGUACCGGCUCCCACCCAGAGCGAGUUUUAACGACUCAAUGGGUAGACGUAAGACCACUAUACUGACGUCUCUUUCAAUAACCGCUAACAAUUAAUCACUAACCCACUGUCCUGGACAGACAGCGUAGAUAGCUGAGAUGUUGCCCAAGUCAGCGUGUUUGAACCGUAAUUGGAUAUAAGCAAGAAUAUAUAUAUAUAUAUUUAUAUAUAUACACACACACAUGUAUAUAACCCCAAACAAACAAAGGAUAGCAGGGAGUGUGUUUAUUUUGUUUGGGGGGGGGGGGGGGGGGGGGGGAUAAAUGGAUGUCUUGUUAGGUCUGAAAACUCAGGACAUAUCCUUUAAGCUAUGUAAAUGUAUGUAGUUAUUCGCGUCUAAGACAAGAGGUUUUUGUAAAUUCGACCCUUAUUGUUUGACAAAUAUACAGACUAACUAAACUCAGAUCAACUGGUCUGUUGAACUGGUCUGUAAUUAAUUGUAAACCAGUGAUCCGAUAUCAUGGAUGACCCCCCCCCCCCUCCCCCCCUGCUGAAGCAAAUGGUCCGCUUUCAGAACUAAAACAUACAGGUUUAUACAUACGGAGUUUCAUGUGGUGCACAAACAAAAUAGAAAAGGUCCACUUGGUUCAUAUUCGACCCCCCUUCCCCCCCCCCCCCCCCCGGUCCAGCUCACGCUACGCCCCUGGAUAUCAAUAAGACUGGACAAAUGUCAUGAUUUAUAAUUACAGGUGAUAUUAAGCAAUUUUUGGUUUACUCUAUUUCUCUGCUUUUAUAAAGAAACACGAAUAUACAUAUAAACAUAUAUAUAAUUUUAAACCUCUGAAGACCGGACCUUCUGCAAUCCGGAAUUCCUUCAAAACCGGACGUUUUACAGAGUCCCUUUUUGAAAACCAGGACAGAACUUUAAAACCUUACUAAACCGGACCCCUCUUACAAUCAGACAUUUUUCUUGGUCCCAAGGGUGUCCGGUUUAGAAUUGUUUCACUGUAAAUGUAUAUUAUAAAAUUAAUUUGGUAAAUAGACUGUCAAAAUUGGCCUAAAACCGUCACACGACAUUAAUAAUUUUAAGACACUCAAGCGCUAAUGUGCUUUGAACUGAAUAGUUUUAAAAUAAAUGAUAGAAAUUUUAAUUAAUAUUCGUGUUUCUUUUGGUGCUCACUUAUAUAUACACUCUUUUGAUUGUUCAUGUAAAUUUAGUUUGCAUUUUCUGCUAUUGACAAUAUUGCACAAUUUGCACAUAUCAUAUGUUAAUGUUGUUGGUUAUUAUGUUAUUGUUAAUUUAUUGUCUUAAAGUCAAUGCUAAUAAAUCACUUAAGUUCUGUAAA